AUGGGCGGCAUUAAAGAUAUCAAUUUUAGGCCGGACAGAGAUAUACCUACUCUAACGGACAAAGUUAUCCUGGUCACUGGAGGCACAGCAGGACUUGGAAGUAAUACAGUCAGAGUUCUUGCGAAACAUAACCCAUCACACAUUUACUUUACAGGACGUAAUGAUAACGCGGCGUCAGCUCUCAUAGAAUUUAUCAAGAAGGAUGUCCCAUCAGCGGAUCUAACCUUUCUGUCUAUUGAUCUGUCUUCACUCUCAUCAAUCGCUGCUGGGAUCAAAACGUUCAAGCAUGAUCGUCUCGAUAUUUUCAUGGGCAAUGCAGGUAUCAUGGCCGUACCUGCUGCUCUCAGCAAAGACGGAUACGAAAUCCAGUUUGCAACAAAUCAUCUCGGCAAUGCUGCCGUUCUCCAUCAUUUACUACCAAUCAUGCUCAAGACUGCUGAGCUCCCCUCCUCCGACGUACGAAUUGUACUGAAUACUUCUUUGGGAUGGAAGUUUCGUCCGAGUCAAGGCAUCAUCUUUGACAAAUUGAAAACAGCCCAAGAGGAUCUACCCUUUGGGACGUGGAGCCGCUACGGACAAAGCAAGGUAGCCAGCAUACUGUAUGCAGCAGAGCUUGCGCGUCGCUAUCCGCAGAUAACGUCUAUAGCGAUUCAUCCAGGAGUUAUCAACACGGGGCUUGUCUCGAACUUAUCUUUUUGGCAUAAAUGGUUUGUUUAUGCGACUACUGUGGGCCAAACAAUAACAGUUGAGCAAGGCAUUAUGAAUCAAACGUGGGCUGCCGCGGGAGCGAAAAAGGAAGAGCUGGUCAAUGGCGCAUAUUACAUGCCGGUCGGUGUUGAGAGCAAUUCAACACUGGACGCAACGGCGGAGGAUCCAAAUUUGGCAAAGCAAUUGUGGGAAUGGACGGAAACAGUUUUGGGGAAUUGA